AUGGAUAAUGUGGCGUUUCCAUCAGCUGAUGAGCAGCAACGAAUCUUGAACGAUGCCAGCAAUGCGAUAAAGCGGAGUGCUUUCCUUAUGCGGAAGGCAAUCGAGGAUGACAACAUGCGGGACGCGCUCAAAAACGCGGCCGGGAUGCUGGCGGAGCUGCGCACGUCACAGCUGCAGCCGCAAAAGUACUACGAGCUGUACAUGCUGGUGUUUGACCAGCUGGCGCAUCUGGAGGCAUUUUUCGCGGACGAGCGCGGUAAGGGUCGCAGCUACGUGGAGCUGUACGAGCUAGUGCAGCACGCGGGCAACGUACUGCCACGCCUCUACCUGAUGGUCGCGGUGGGCUGUCUGUACAUCAAGUCACACGAGGCCAGUCCCAGGGAUGUCCUCAAGGACCUGGUGGAGAUGUGCAAGGGCGUGCAGCACCCUACCCGGGGGCUCUUCCUGCGAGCCUACCUGUGCCAGCGGGCCAAGGGACUUCUCCCCGACACCGGCAGCGAGUUCGAGGGCCCGGACUCGGGCUCCAUCCAGGAUGCCCUGGACUUCCUGAUGACCAACUUCAUCGAGAUGAACAAGCUAUGGGUCCGGCUACAGCACCAGGGAAGCGCCAGGGACAAGGAGAAGCGCGAGCGGGAGCGACAGCAGCUUCAGGACCUGGUGGGCAAGAACCUGACCUACCUCAGCCAGCUGGACGGACUGAGUUUCGAGUUGUACAGGGAUCAGGUCCUGCCCCGCGUGUUGGACCAGAUCACCAGCUGCAAGGACGACCUGGCGCAGCUCUACCUCAUGCAGGCCCUGAUUCAGGGCUUUCCCGACCGCUUCCACCUGGGUACCCUGGAGACCCUCCUGGGGGCGCUGCCGCAGCUGCAGCCCGGGGUCAAGGUCCACAGUGUGAUGGCGGCGCUGAUGGACCGGCUGGCGAAGUACGCGGCUUCCGCAGCCAGUGGCGCCAGUGACCCACGGGUCUUGGAGGAGUUAGCGGCCAUUGACGCCUUCCGCAAGUUCAAGGACGCCAUUGCGAGGGUCAUUGCCUCACAGCCCAACCUGCCCGCAGCCGACGCUGUGGAAAUGUACACCGCACUUCUGUCGUACGCUGGUUCCGUACACCCCGGCGCGCUGUCGUACGUGGACGAGGUGUUGGCCGCGACUUACAACACGCUGGGUGGUCGCGGUUCGGGCUUGGGGGGAGACGCCCGGGCUGAGCGGCAGCUGGCGGCGCUGCUGACGGUACCCCUGGCCAAGUACGGUGUGAGCGCCUCCCUCGACCUGCGGGAGUACCCUCCCUUGACCCGGCUGCUGCGAUACGUCACUCAUAAGGAGCUGGCGGUCAAGAUUGUGCACAAGGUCCUGGACUCUGGCUCCCCGGCUGCGGCCAAGGCGGCCCCUGGCUCCAGCACCGGUGCUUCCGGCAUCACUCUAAUCAGCAGUGUGGAGAAAGUGGGCAGCUUGUUCCGGUUCAUUGCGCCGCUGGUGGCGGACCCGGAUGUGCCCGGGGAGCCGGGAGGGGCGACGGAGCUGGACGAUGAGGACCUGGACGAGGAGCAGGUGCUAGUGGCCCGGCUGCUGCACCACCUGCGCUCCCACGACCCCGACACCCACUUCGCCAUCCUCAAGACCGCCCAUCAGCAGCUCCUGGAGGGGGGUCCCCGCCGCCUGAGGACCACACUGCCCGCCCUGGUCUUCUGCGGACUGGAGCUGCACCGCAGACUGGCCAGACCGCACUCACAGCUGAAGGCAAAGCCGGCGGCAGCGGCGGCGGCGGCGGCGGCAGGCGCGGCCGCGGAUGGCGAGGGGGGUGGAGGCGCGGGUGCGGAGGAGGAGGCGUGUGGCAAGGACGGGGAUGCGGGUACGACAGUUGAUGAGGGUGAGAAGGAGGCGGCGGCAGCGGCGGCUGCGGAGGAGGAAGCGGCGGCGCCGGCUGUUGCCACCACGACGCCUACGAUUACUUGCGAGGCGCUGCUGCAGUUCCUGCUGGCGGCCAUCGAGCCCCUGUACGGCGGGCCUGCGGGCCAACCCGUCAUCGCGAUGCGGCUGCUGCUUGUGUGUGGUUACGUGGCCAGUGAGGAGGCCCACCUGGAACUGCUCUCGUACACGUUCUUUGAAGAGGCAAUCACCUUGUACGACGAGGCGCUGGCAGACCAGCGCACACGCGCCGCGGCGCUGUAUGACAUUAUUGGUUACCUGCAGCGCUGCCGCGCCUUUGGCCCCGAGCACCGUGACAGCCUCACCUCCGCCGUCACCGCGGGCUGUAUGAGGUUGCUGUCACGGCGGGAGCAGUGCAGGGCGCUGUGCGCGGCGGCCUUCUUGUGGUGGCAGCCGCUGCCGGCAGCGGUGAAGGUGGGCGCCGCUGCAGGGGAGGGUGCCGCCAAGGACGACGGGGCAACGGGGACGCGCGCGGAGGGGGCCCAGGGCGACGUUGAUGUGCGGAAGGCGGAGGCGGGGCCGGCACUGGUGGAGGCGGUUGCGGCUGGGGUGUAUCCUCCUGUGCGCGAUGGAAGCAAGGUGCUGUCCGUUCUCCAGCGGGCCGCCAAGGUGGCUGCGCAGUCUAAGGCGCAGUACUGCAGUACGGGUCGUGUACGUGACGCCACUUACCUGUGCGCCUACCUGGAGGUGCUGGACUGCCUGAUGAGGUGCUGGGAUUGCGAGGUGGCCGGGGUGGACACGGAUAAGGUCCAGGAGCUGAUCGACCGGGUGCAGUCCGACCUUGCCGCGGGCGUGCAGCCCGAUGCCGAAACCGCUCGCCGCUGGCAGUCGACGUUGUCUUAUAUUGCCGCCAGCGCACAGCAGCCACAGGGCAAGGAGCGAUACGGCAAGUUGAAGUCGUCUGAAGCUGCGAUCUUCUUGCUUUUGAAAGGCGGCCUCAGGAGAUACAUCUUGAAGACCAAGCGCGAGCGCACCCUCGCCCGACCUGCCGUACAACAUCCAGAGGCGCCACCGCGGCGAAACCAGCUUGUCCAGCGGCCCACGUCCUCUUCUCGCACUAAGCUACAAGGCCACAGGAAGGCAGCUGCGGCACUUCACAGUCGCGAUCAGCGCCGCUACUCCAACCUGCCUGCCGCCUCCACUAUCCCCAAGUCAUCACCGCCACCAGCACCAUCCCCAUCAGCAAUAGUCCUAGUGGCACUAGUUACCGUCUCUGCCGGCCCCUCCACACCCCGCAAGCUAUCCUCCCACGCUCUCAACACUCUGGAUGACAGCGGCGGCAUCGGGGCCGUGGCUGCCGGCGGCGGCAGCCCCCCGACUGGGGAAGCCGCCGCUGUUAUUGGCUUCGGUGGUGAAGGGGGCGACACCUCCGUAGAGAAACGCGCAGCGCCGUGGGGUUCGGCGCAGUACGACGACGUCACCGGCGCAGUCGGCAGCGGCGAAAUUGACCGGCGGCAUCAGGCCCAUUACGGCCUCCUCUCGGCGCAGAUCGCGCAGGCUAAACAGCGCGAGCAGUACCGUCAGCAUCAUCCACCGCACCUGCAGGAGCACUAUUCGCCGCUGGAAGCGGCGGCGGCGGCGCCGCCGCUGCCGGCUGGGGAAACGCCAGCGGCGACAGCGGCGACGUCGGCGCCAGGUGAAACGGCGGCCGGCGGCGGCUGGGAGGCAUUCAUCGGUUUGGACCCCGGCCUCUUCGCGGGGCCUGACCAAGAUGGCCCGUACUGCAGCGUGCUGAUGCCGCCCGGGGUUAGCGGCGGCAGCCUGGCGGCGCCGGCACCGCCGGUAGUGGUUUCGGAGAUCCCGGCAGCGCCCAUCACCAUGGAGCGACCUGCCCCUCGCAACCUGCCUGACUAUAUCGACCAGCCAGGUGACCCGCGGGUCACAUCUACUCCCGACAAGUUCCACCCCAACGGCCAUCCUCUGACACCGCCCGAGGGCUCCCUCACCUCCCUGCAACAGCAUUUCGCAUUUUUCGACAUCAACAAGGACGGCAUCAUCACUCUCGGCGAGUGCAUCACCGGCUUCCGCUACUUAUUGCGACGACUGCUGCCUGAGCCGCUGAACACGCUGGCGGCGGUACCUGUGGCGAUGGCGGUGCAGCUACCUUUGAGCUGGUUGACCGCGGACAGCUGGUUGCCUGAUCCGCGACUGCGGGUGUACGUCCGUAACGCUCACAAGGUCGUACACGGCAGCAACUCUAAGGCGUGGGACCGCUCCGGCCACUUCACGCCCGCGCGUUUCGAGGCCGUACUCUCCAAGUACGACAGGGACGGCAAAGGGGGCCUUACGCUGUGGGAGGUGUUCAGCUUUCUGCGGGGCCAGGCGAACCUGGGCGACGUCUUGGGCAUAAUGGCCAGCAGCGGGGAGUGGAUCAUGACCUGGGCGCUGCUGCGGGAUUCCACUGGUGUACUGCGACGCGAGGAUAUACGGGGAAUGUACGACGGUACGGCAUUCUAUCGCCUGGCGGAGCGCAACGGCUAUAAGCACUACGGGAUGCAUGGGGGCCGCGCCCCGGCCGUGAAAAUAGGCUAUGCGUGA